AUCAAUUAAUCCUCCACCACGUCUUUCCCCGCCCUUCCUCCGUCGCAGUCACCAUCUUCACUCGAUUGAAGAUCGGACGGAAAAAUCGACAAAAUGGCAUCCGACGCGACGGAUAAUGAGUUUAUGCGCCCUCCAAGUGAGAAGGAACAUACGCCGGUAUACCGUGAAACCUCGCAUUACAACCCUCUUCACACUUUUCAACUACCCCCCGGUCAAGAACGGCACUAUCAACAACAAUAUGGCGACAUGUAUUUCCUACGGCUCGCGAAACUUAAACCGGCAGUGGAGGAGGUUGCGAUCGAAGCAUGGGAAGGAUUCAGUAUUGCAGGAGAACACGCGCGUCGGGUAGAAAGAGUGUUGGAUGUGAGACAGGGAGAGCUUUGCUGGGUGGCCGGAACAAUCUACAUGGAUAUGCCCUUGAAACCCAAUAUUCUCGAAGACUUGACGAAACAUAACUAUACAUUGGCGCCUCCGCCCCGCCGCACAUACCUCGAUCCGUCGAGUCCCGAGUCGACUCAGAUCAUGCUCGAGGACGAAUCAGGUCGUUUGCGAUUGACAGGGAGUAUGCUACGAUCCACACAAUUGGCAACGGGAGCCAUAGUUGCUGUUCUGGGAACGGAAAAUGCCAACGGAGAUUUUGAGUCGAUUGAUAUCAAGGUCCCCGAUCUACCUCGCCAGCCCCGUCGAUGGGAGAGAGACGAGUCUUUGGCGAAGGGUCCAACGAGCAAAGGCAAGAUCGCUUUCGUAAGUGGUCUUGGAAUAACGGGAACGUCGAGCGACACUAUGACUUUGGAGCUUUUGACCGACUAUCUUCUGGGUUACACCGGCGCUUCGUCGGAAAAUAACGACGAAAGCACAUUCAAUGCGUCCGCGAUCACAAGGCUGGUCAUUGCGGGAAACUCGCUCGGGGCCAGUACGACCGUGGACCCCAAUGAGAAUGGGGCUGCGAAGAAUAAGAGCGGUCCGAAGAAGUAUGGAUAUGACGCCUCGGCGUACAAUGCCUCACCCAUCAUCCAAUUAGAUACCUUCCUCGCGGAGAUUCUGCCUAGUAUACCGGUGACUCUCAUGCCGGGAGCAAGCGAUCCCGCCAAUUUCGCAUUGCCGCAACAAGGGAUUCACCGGGCCAUGUUCCCGCGGGCCAGAGCAUACUGCGCUCCACCUCCCUCCGGCGAAGACACGCCCGAACCAGGUUGGUUCGACAGUGUCACGAACCCGUGGGAGGGCGACGUCGAGGGGUGGCGUUUGUGGGGCUCCAGUGGACAGAAUGUAGACGACGUGCUUCGCUACCUUGACUUUGCCGAUGAGGAUGGAAACAUCGACACCAAUGGAGACGGGGAAGCCAGGAUUCGAAUCAUGGAAGCUAUCUUGCGCUGGAGAUGCGGUGUCCCCACGGCACCUGAUACUAUCUGGUCUUAUCCUUUCCAAACACAUGAUCCGUUUGUGAUGCAAUCUUGCCCCCAUGUUUUCUUCGCCGGCAACCAACCCGGAUUUAAAACCGCCGUCAUUGAGAGUGAUGCUCCAUGGAGACUCAACGGAGCCGACACGGAAAUGACUGAUUCGAAUGACAACACGCCGGCUCAGCGAGUUCGUCUUCUGUCGAUUCCCAAGUUCCGCGAAACCGGGGAGCUUGUUCUAGUGGACACAGAGACCUUGGAGGCGGAGGUGAUCAAAUUCGGGACUUUUGCAGGGAAGGAAGAAAAGCAAUGAUUUCAUUAAUGGCUAUAUAUUCCAAUAAAUGUAACUUGUACGAACUGAAG